AUGUACCAUAGUCCACCCAAAAGCCCAAGCCCAUCAACCAAAGAAGCUUUAUCACCCCUCGAGCGCAAGACACGGGCCAUUACACCCCCAUUGGAUGAGAUGACGAUUCCUUCAUGUGCCAAUGACGGGAACGCCAUGAUGUUUGACGACAUUAGCGAGCAGCCCAUUCCCUAUGUUUAUCUCCUCAACCUUUUCAUGGCUCCCGACAUGCGAUCCUAUCUUGCCCAUACACAAUUUACGGAGGAUGUUUAUGCAUUACCCAUCCAUUUGCAACGUCUCAUAAGUGAAGCCAAGGAAGAAGUCGUCAUUGCCCGUACCAACAACACCACCCAACAACAUGAUGAUGAUCGAGCUACACGUCGUUUACAACGUCUCAAGGAUUACAUAUGGUCGAGAUCAGGACAUGAUGUAUCGUACAUGCUAGACUCUCUUACUGAAUUGAUCAAAGAUGAAGAUGAAUUGGAAACUAUUAUUCAGGAAUAA